AUGCCCAAUGCUUGGGCCUCAAUCCUGUGGUACAACAUGCUGACAAACAACCCAAAGAACGUCAACUUUUUCACCAAGCCUCCCAUUGGCACAUGGGAUCAGGUGGCUGAGGUCCUAAGCUGGCAGUUCUCUUCUACCACAAAGCGUGGCCUUAGCAUUGAACAGUUAACUACACUUGCCGAAAAACUGCUGGGUCCUGGAGUAAACUAUUCCGGCUGUCAAAUUACCUGGGCUAAAUUCUGCAAAGAAAACAUGGCUGGUAAAGGGUUUUCAUUCUGGGUGUGGCUGGACAAUAUCAUUGACCUUGUAAAGAAAUACAUUCUCGCACUUUGGAAUGAAGGGUAUAUAAUGGGCUUCAUCAGCAAAGAGCGCGAACGAGCCAUUCUCAGCACAAAACCACCUGGGACAUUCCUGCUGCGGUUCAGUGAGAGCAGCAAGGAGGGUGGUAUCACCUUCACCUGGGUGGAGAAAGAUAUCAGUGGUAAGACACAGAUCCAGUCGGUAGAGCCAUAUACAAAGCAGCAGCUGAACAACAUGUCCUUUGCUGAAAUCAUCAUGGGUUACAAAAUUAUGGAUGCCACCAACAUUUUGGUAUCCCCUCUGGUGUACCUGUACCCCGACAUCCCCAAAGAAGAAGCCUUCAGCAAGUACUGCCGCCCAGAGAGCCAGGAACAUCCCGAGCCCACUGACCCAGGCACUGCCCCGUAUCUGAAGACAAAAUUUAUUUGUGUAACACCGACAACAUGUAGCAACACGAUAGACUUGCCCAUGUCUCCUCGGACCUUGGAUUCAUUGAUGCAGUUUCCUCCAGAGGGGGCUGACGCAUGUUCUGGGACCCCUUUUGAUAGUGUCACUUUUGACAUGGAACUGACUUCGGACUGCGCAUCUUCCCCCAUGUGA